CCGAUGCGCCCGACACCGGGUUGUUUGUUAUUGAACGAGGUCAUGUUUUCAUGCCGAGGUUGGCGUCACGAAACAUGCGGCGCUCACGCCGAAGAGACGACAUCGUCAUUGCAGCGAGCGGUGCAGGCGUUCUCCAUCGCGCGCACGCAACGUGUGCAUUCUUCGUUCUGGAGCCCGCGGAUAGAGAAGCAGAACGGAACACGGAAACUGUGCGCCCCGAUGUCUACGUCAUCCGUUCUCGCCGUCCCAGCCACUUGCGACACAAGGCACGACAUGAUGAUAAUGAUGACGACGGUGAUGAUCACAAUGAUGGUGACGAUUACGGUGGUGAUGUUGAUCUUGACGACGAUGUUGCUUAUGAUGAUGACGAUGUUGAUGACGAUGAUGAUGUUGAUGAUGAUGUUGGUGAUGAUGAUGAUGGUGAUGAUGACGAUGAUGAUGAUGACGAUGAUGACGACGAUGAUGACGAUGUUGAUGAUGACGAUGACAACGAAGAUGACGAUGGUGGUGAUUUUGAUGAUCACGAUGACAAUGUCGCUGAUGAUGAUGAUGUUGUUGAUGACGUUGAUGAUGUUGAUGAUGAUGUUGAUGAUGAUGAUGAUGUUGAUGACGUUGACGAUGUUGAUGAUGAUGUUAUUGAUGAUGAUAAUGAUGUUGAUGAAGAUGAUGAUGAUCACGAUGACAAUGAUGGUGAUGAUGAUGAUGAUGAUGAUGAUGAUGAUGACGAUGAUGAUGGUGGCGACGAUGAUGGUGAUGAUAGAGGCGAUGAUGAUGAUGAUGAUGGCAAGCAAGAAUCAUGGGGCCGCUCGCGAGGAAAGAACGAGCGGGAAUCAGAAGGGGACACAGAAAUCAUGUGGGCCAAUGUCACCGUCAUCCUUUCCCUCCGUCCCCGCAACUUGAAACAGAAGACCAAGACCCUGAGGACUGCGGGAGAGAAACGGAAGGGGAAGGGGGUGGAAGAGGGCCACCCGGGUAGCAAAUGUCCAGCUUCGAAACAUAAACAGCCUGAGUCGGGACCUUCUACACCACGGCCUGCCAUCGACGUGGACGCCGGGUACUUCUUGGAGUACAAAGACGGCGUCAGGACAAGGCGGGAGUUUGAGAUAAACCCGGCUCAUAUCGUCGACAUAAGGGAGUGGGGGGAUCUUUACAACCAGCGGUCGCUAGAUCCCGUCCUCGUGGAAACGAUAAGGGAAGCAAUGCGGUCUGUGUUCGAAAAUAAAGAACAGACGUACAAGUGUCCGGUCUUCAAGCUCGCACCACUGGGGCUUCAAAAACCAACUCCUGGGACCAAGGCACAACGUCUGAAGCCGGAGGACUGGAAGGGCGAGCUGGCGGGAGAAUACUACUACUACGCGGUGUGCGGGCAGCACAACGCGGCUGCAGCCAGGUCGCUGCUCAGCACCGAGGUGGCCAAGAAGUACAAUUUUGAGCGGUGGCCGGCACGGAUGGUGUACUUUUCCGGCGAUGACUUCGAAGGGUAUUUUCUUGUUAGUUCACAGGACGACAAGAAGGACCUCAAGGCACCUCCCAGACAGUUGAAACUUUCUAUGAAAGACAUUCGAUGGCAGUGGAAGCACGACGGCUGCCCAAGAGCUGUGAUGGGGAACCCUAGCGGGAAACAAGAUCAGGUUCGGGAUUGGCGUAAGUUUUGUACAACGGCGCUCCAUAAGGCGCCUCAAAACAGCUUGUGGCUUCUCGCGGAUCAAAAGGAGGAGGAGGCCAUUAAGAAGCAAAAUGUUACCCUGCGUUCUUACUUACCUCUGGCGAUGACCGGGGAAAAUGUCUGGAAACUAGCCGUGGAAUUUUUCGAAAAAUGGGAGACGCGCAGAUUGCUGAGCCACGACGGGGCGAAGUGGAUCGUCAAAAAGAAGAAGGUCAAAAACGUAAAGCCUGGGGUCGCCUACAUCCACAACGACAAAUUGGGCAGAACGGAGGUGGUGUACAACGUCCCCGUGGACCCGCCGAAUAAAAAGGGCAAAAAGGAGAAAAAGGAGGGCGAUUGGUUCGUGCAAGUGCCAGACCCGGACGCGCAUUGUUGGAAAAUAAUGGAAUCACUCACGGACAAUGAGAAGUGUCGCGUUCCGAAAAAGGUGCUUGCUUGCGAGGUCGUUUGGGUCCAGGCCGGCUCCCCGUCGUCGGCGAAGUUUGGAAAGCUCAGCGUGCAGGACAUUGUGCAGCUGGUGAAGUGCGACCGCGUGCUGGUCCGGUUGUGGAAUUACUACCAAUUCAAGCACGAGAAGAGGCCGGACGCGGACUGGAUCCAAAGGUACCCUUUCCUGAAAUCGAGGUCUGCGGUGUUUAAGAAGUUUGAAGGUCAGGGAUUGGAUGACGAGUUGUGGGAUAACAGCAGGAAACACGUUUUCGACUCGGCGCCGUUCAAGGACUGCCCGCCGUACAUGGGUUGCGACCAGGACAACUCGAUUGAGGUGACGGAGAAAUUGGCGGGCCACAAGAAGUUGUCCGUCGACUGGAGAAAUAAGGCUCUCUCCGUGUUGAAUAGAAGCAGACUGAAGAGCCGGGAAGUCGCACUUGUCGAAGACGUCGUUCACAUUAAAUGGAAAGACACGGGGGACGUGACAUCCAUCGCGCCGUUUGCCAACGACCCUUUAGAGGUGGACAUCAGGGGCGCAGAGCUGAAGGAGGCAGUGGCUGCCACAAAGAGCCACACGUUCCACAACCUGUCGUUUCUCGCCAGCAUGCACCAUUUUUCUUUCGUCAAGCUGUUGGAAGGGAAGUGGGUGCGGAGAGUGCAGCAAAAAAAAAGUUUCCCCGUUGGGAACAAUUUGUACACAGAGGAAGACCGCAUGUACAUCCUCUUCAAGGGUGACGAUCUGCGCGUCAACACGUCCGUGGUCUACGAGGGAAACCUGCCCAGGGGUGCCGCUGCUCCGGUGCGAUUGCCUCCGAGGGUCACCCGGACGGAUGUGUCCGAGAUUUCUUUCACGCCUUGCGACUGGUCGCUGGUGGCGCCUGAACGACAGGGCAGCGUCUACAGGGAUAUGGAACGCAAUCCGACACGAUUUUUCGGUCUUCUUGAUUUUCUUGGCAAGAAGGGAGAGGGUGUCGUGUUCCUUGGGAAACCGCACGCCCGAAGCGUCUGGGAGCUUCUGAAGGCCGACCGGCACGUUGUCGCAAUGGAAGGGAACUGCGACCUCUUGCAAUUCACGAUGCAGGUGGUGAAAAGCGAGGUCAAUUCGGGUGGGCACAAUUGUGAGUUCAUGGUCGUGAGGCCAACACGGGAAAAGGUGUGGAGCAACAAGACGGAUAUGUGGUUCAAGUUGAGCGAGAGGAAGAGGAACAAGAUAUACGAUUUCUUGUUCCUUCAAACGCGUCCGAGGAGGGACACUGACGCCGAGUACAUCUGCCGGAAGGACCACAUGUUGGCACUGCUCGACAACUACCACUUCGCCUCCCGCAUGAACGCGAAGACGUUUAUCGAAAGGCUGCAGUCGCUGUACUUCGUGGAAUCCGAGGAGCAGUUGAAGUUAGCCAGUUACGCUUCCCUGAUUUCCACUGACGACGAGGAAGCCAUAGGUGUGGAGUUUGUCGCCAACGCGAAGGAGGAGGAGAGCGACACGGAGAGCAUUGACCUGCAGUACGACCCACCUCCGGCGGACCACGGCCGAGGGUCCUCAUCGGUCGGUCCAUCACCAAGCGCUGCAGCCCUCGUGUCACCAUUGGCCAAACCGGCGCCGGGCACCACGCCGAUGAAGUUGAUGAAGAGACUUAGGGCUUUGGCCGCCCCCCCCCCUGCUUUGCGUCCCGGGUCCAUCGUCCCGCCCGAUCAUCCGUCUUGGAAGGAUGACAACAUCCACUUCCUGCUAGAACCGCAACGUCAUUCACCUGAGCUGGACUGGGGCCAUGACAUGGUUUGGCAUCCGGGAGUCAUCCAGCCAGCGAUACAAAAUGGCGAGUGGGUCAUGGCCGUGGCAAUCCCGGGCGCGGGAUGGGUGUCACUCCCACGUGAGUCGAAGUCGAACUUCCUGCACCUCGCGAGGAUUUCGGUCCUCCAGAAAGUGACGGAUGAAAAUAACACUUUAGCACCCGGCUACCUGUCUCUCAUUUCCACUGUCGGUCGACUGUUCGACGAGCUUCAGGACAAGUGCUGGUUGGAAUUGACGGAGGACUACUACGAGCUCGACACGAGUCCGUCGAAGGGCGUGGUGGACUGGAAAGUGUCCCCUCCCAGUGGGCUGGACGGUGGUUCCGGGGGGGGGUCACCUGGAAGCGGAGGGGAUGGGGGUGGCGACGCAGGGGGUGGCAAAGGAAUCCCGCCUAUGGGGGAGAGAGGGUCUCACGGCCGCAACACGACACCGGGAGUCAGCGCCGGGGUAGCGGGUUUCGCCGUCGACCGGACUCCGUCGACAGGCACCCGGCCCGAGCAUACGACACACUCCGCCGACCCCCCGACUUUGUCCGUGGGCUCAGCGAGGGACACGUUGGCAGCCUUGGUUGCUCUGGGCAGUCGCUCGGCCGGAAAGCCGAAGUCCGCCGGGAUCCGAACURCGUCGGGUGAGGAGCCGCCAGAGCGGUCCGGAAUGCGAAGCUGCUCGGGGUCGGAGGAUCCAAGCAAGGAUCGAGAAAUUCGCAGCAUUGCGGCGCGGGACGAAGACGUCGGAAAGGUGUCGCCUGAGCGGGAGCGACGGCCGCAAGGAUUGCAGCGGGAGGCUGCAAGUGCAGGGUCCGACGACACGGAGACCGCGAAGUCCGCCGAGAUCCGAACUUCUUCGGGCGGGGUUUGUCGGCCAGGGAUUGUUGUGGCGUUUAGAGGGGCAGCGUGCACGGGGACGGAAGGGCGGUCCUCAAGAUUCAGCACGGGUACCGCGGAAGGGGACGAGUUUCGUGGGAGGGAAGUAGGGAAGAAAAUGGAGGAACAGAAGGGAGCGCAAGAAGGGGAGGAAGAAGGGGAAGAAGAGGUGGAAGGGGAGGAAGCGGGAGAAACGGAGCUAAUUGAUUUGUUUGAAGGAAGGGAGGGUGCCGGGUCUGGAGAAGACGAAGUGGAACACAGUGAGGACGAUGCCGAAUCUGGAGAGUCGUCUGACGAGUUCGGACAACUGUACCGAGAGCAUCACGAGGAUGAUGUCGACGACGAUGCCACGACAAUAGAGAUGGAGACACAAGUGGUCAGCAGCCUUUCCGCAAAGCCUGAAGAUUACGCGGUCCGGCCACUGACCUCUGCUGUCGACUUGCAGCACCGGUUCGACGAUGCUUCCGUCGCUAUCAGCCCGUCUAAAAAAAGUCGGCGUAUACGCAUCGACGAAGUUAUCGACGGUAUCCUCGGCGACCACAACAUGUCUGCCCGUCCGUCCGCAACUGCCAACGUCGCAUCUUCCGUGGCAGCUGCCCUCGCUUCGUCGCCGCCGAAGUCUCCAAAGCUGUCGGCCACCUUUGCCGCCGAAGGGGAAGGCGAGUUCGGUGGAGGACAGCAUGUGACGUCCCCAAAAAAAUCGAGGUUCGGCGGUCAAGCUCUCGACGUGCUCGCAUCGAAGGAGCGGAGAGAGAAACAGACUGGGAGCGUAAUGCCGUCGAGACCUUCGACAAGCGUCAGCGUGAGUCCCGAGACGCACAUGCGCUUGAGUCCCGAGAAGCACAUGCGCUUGGCAAAACCGUUUUCACCUUGUGCGACAUCGGUGCGGCAUCAUGACGGUCAAACGUGGAUCGACGAAGCAGCCAAGGAGGACUUCGACUUCGACGAGGACCCAUGGAUGCUUGUCAAACCGUACAUGAACCGACAUCUCGACAAAUGGAACGAUAAUGAUUGGAAGGCGAUGGAGCGUGCCUGCCCUUGGGCAAGCCAUUACAAGUUUACCAACAUGUUAGAGUUCGGGAGCCUCAUUCCACUGCCUGAUGGUGUCCUCCAGCGAAAGACCCUCGACGAUAAGGGUGAACCGAUCCACUACCGUACCAGCUUCAGACGUUGCCUCGGCUGCGAGUACAUCCCAUCUUCGCCACGAACUUGGGGAAGUUCGCAGAAGCAAGAGUUGGUGGACUGCGCUCGUCAUUGUUCAUUCUUGGAACACUACCCACCCCGUUGCCCAGGGACUUCUCCACAAGCUCUAUCGUACUGUUGUGUGCGGUUGACAGAAGACGGAUGUCCUUUCGCCAGAGUGCUAUGUGUGGCUUCUUCAAGCAAAAGUAGGAAACUUGUGGAUGCGGUUGCUCUCGUAGCACGGAACGAGCUGGUGCUGCAGGGAUCCAAGUUCAAGGCGGUCAUGUCUCGCCCAGAUGUAGAUGGGCGGUCAGACUUUGUGAGAGCAGGUCGGGUCAGAUGUUUAUCAUUGUGGCAUGAGGAGGAAGAGAAAGUGUCCACAUACUAGACUGUAUAGAAAAUUCCUUAGCACGAUCAGGAGGGUUUGUCGGGAUGAAAUACAUGUCCGUAUUUUCGGAGAAUGCAACUGUCCACGAACCGC